ACGACAUCGUUAUUCGUUAAUGUAUUUCGUUCUCUAUCGUUCUCCGGACUCCCAUCUUCAGAAAUUUCACCGCCUUGCCGCCGCAGCCGCCACCACCACCACCAUCACCGACGACUAUGGCUUCGACUAUGGUUCUGGAGCCUAAACCCUCCUCAUCAGCAACGCCACCACCAACCCUUCCCAAUCCCUACACCAUGGACUCUCCCCUAAUCGACACCGAAGAUGACCUCUACACUCGUCUCAAAUCCCUAGACCGCCAAAUCGAGUUCAUUGAAAUCCAGGAAGAGUACGUUAAAGAUGAGCAAAAAAAUCUCAAGCGAGAACUCCUUAGAUCUCAAGAGGAGGUUAAGCGGAUCCAAUCGGUGCCGCUCGUAAUUGGUCAGUUUAUGGAGAUGAUCGACCAGAAUAAUGGCAUUGUGGGGUCAACUACAGGGUCUAAUUACUAUGUUAGGAUUUUGAGCACGAUUAAUCGGGAGUUAUUGAAGCCCUCGGCAUCUGUGGCGUUGCACCGCCAUUCUAAUGCUCUCGUUGAUGUGUUGCCACCGGAGGCUGACUCGAGUAUUUCUCUUCUUAGCCAGUCUGAGAAACCAGAUGUUACUUACAACGAUAUCGGAGGAUGUGACAUUCAAAAGCAGGAAAUACGCGAAGCUGUUGAGUUGCCUUUGACCCAUCAUGAAUUGUACAAACAGAUAGGUAUAGAUCCUCCCCGUGGUGUUUUGCUCUAUGGUCCUCCUGGCACGGGUAAAACCAUGCUCGCCAAAGCUGUUGCAAAUCAUACUACUGCAGCCUUUAUUAGGGUAGUUGGCUCAGAAUUUGUUCAGAAGUAUUUGGGUGAGGGACCCAGAAUGGUUCGUGAUGUGUUUCGUCUUGCCAAAGAAAACGCGCCUGCAAUAAUAUUUAUUGACGAGGUAGAUGCAAUUGCUACUGCCAGGUUUGAUGCUCAGACUGGAGCUGAUAGAGAAGUGCAGCGAAUUCUMAUGGAACUCUUAAAUCAGAUGGAUGGGUUCGAYCAGACCGUCAAUGUUAAGGUUAUAAUGGCAACUAACCGAGCUGAUACUUUGGACCCGGCCCUUCUUCGUCCUGGUAGGCUUGACCGCAAGAUUGARUUUCCUUUGCCUGAUAGACGACAAAAGAGGCUUGUUUUCCAGGUUUGCACUGCUAAAAUGAAUUUAAGUGAYGAAGUUGACUUGGAAGAUUAUGUUUCUCGGCCCGACAAGAUCAGUGCUGCCGAGAUCACGGCAAUUUGCCAAGAAGCAGGAAUGCAUGCAGUCCGCAAGAACCGAUAUGUUAUUCUUCCCAAGGACUUCGAGAAGGGCUACAGAACCAACGURAAGAAGCCCGACACUGAUUUUGAUUUUUACAAGUAAAAUCCUAUGGUUCGAUUGACCUUGUGCUAUGUACGUUGAAAGUCGUUUUUUAUUGUUUCGUUUAGACAAUUUAUUGCCGAACCAUACUUGUAUCGACUAACAAGCUUAUGAUCCACAUCCUUAAGAUGAAUCGUGUUAUUAAACCAAA